GAUCUCGUUCGAAAAGUGCCAGAAGAUGUCCAUGGCUCUCAGCCCCACGCCGGUGACCAUCACCGCCGCGCCAAGCGUUCCUCCGCCUUCUUCAGCUCUACAGUUUAAGUUCAACACUGCGUUUGUCACUAGCCUGACUGGCAUCCUCACAGCGUCCGAAAUGAUACUGUCGAUCAUCGUCUACGCCUUGUCAGUGUCUUCGGCUGGAGGCAUUUCCUCUCUGCACCUCUUGAUGGCGCUUAGCUUCAGCUACUGGCUGCAGUGUUUUUUCUUUCUACUGUCGGAGAGUACAUCGACGAGGCCUGUCCUGCCUGGGACGAACUAUUUUCUUACAUUUCACGCCCUCGGAUCUCUUCUCUACAUCUUCGUCUCCAUCGCCCACCUGGCCAGCUUCAACUCCUCUGCCAACGUUGCCGGAGUUCCGAUAGCGGGACAGGACCUUAACAUUGAUGUUUUCAACGCCGACGUGGUGAACGCAGCUGGGGCAAUGGGACUUAUCGCGGGAGCUGCGCAUCUCUUCCACGUUGCAUUAAUAGUCAGGAAAAUGAUUUCGUAGGCCUGGACUAUUUUCUAAGAGCAGCACUUGGAAUUGUUGUCACCCCAACAAAUAGGCCACGUUUUGCUUACAGGCCUUGCCAAGGUGACGGCUUUGUGGUUGUGGCGUCGGUUCCUCGCCUUUGUAGCCGUACUUGUUUAAUCAACGGAAAUGGGCGUUUGUGUGGUGAGCAGUUGAAGCAGCUCCUGGUCGUAAGAACAGCAUUAGGGAAGAGGACAAUUAUUUUUUCUUCACCCUUGCUCAAUACGGCCCGUGCACGUACACCCGGGAGCACAGGUUUACGGGCUGUGUAAGGUAUUAUUAUUAUUUGGCAGGUGAAAACUGCACACCGUCACGCUUCGAGGUAUGGUCUGCUGUAGCCAUUAAAACGGCAACGUGCCAGGAAAAGCGUCCCUGCGGCUGCAGCGAAACGCCCCUCUCGGAGGGCGCGAUAUCGUUGGUGCAUGCAUGUCGUGCGUCUGUCAACAGAUGUCGCGAAUCGUCCGCUUUGCUUUCGUACAGGAUGUUCGCUUCCUCUUACGUCGCUGGAGUUCGCGCCCACGUGCGCUCUGAAAUUUGUAGCUGAUUCCGACGGCAGCAUGCACGUAGUGCCCCUGUAGCAUGGACGUCUUAUUCCUAUAUACGCUCCCCUAUACGGGUACAAGGUAGGUAGUGGCAAAAGUGUUGGUCCACUCGAUUCACCUGCACUUUGUGAACUGUAGUUAAGGGGUUGCGGCAUCUGCGUCUUCGGCACGUUGCAAUGUGCAAGUUUCUGUAGGACGAGUUGAGAGAAUUCGACCCUGCGCUUGUGCGUGAGUCAAUGCAGAGCUCGUUCAGGGAUGUGCCGGGCCGACUGUGCGCAGAACUGGCACUGAACUGCAGUGAACUGCAGUGAACGAAGUGCAGGGCGAAUCGGAUAGCACUUAGCGUUCAGGGAGAUUGAACGGUGACAGGCCGAGCUUGGGCCAUGUUUUCUUGAAUUUGGCGCCAAAGCGUGGCGCUGAAGGCGUCGCGUGACGUCGCAAUUUUCGAGCUCUGCACGGGCAUUUGGGUUGUAUUUGCAUUCGGAAAGCCUACGAAAAUUGCCAGGUCGAGUUCACUUUCGGUGCAAUGUAACUGUUGUCCUUUUUUUCUUUCUUUUUAUACAAGCAACAAUGACUUCGCCUCAGCCAGACGUUGGCAAUACAGCGCAAAGUUUUUUUUUUCUUUUGCUGAGCUGGCAGCCGAAUAGGUGGCUUUAGCCAGACGUUGCCGCAGUCUGACUGGUCGUAGAAAGCUGAGGCCAAAUUGUAAAACUUUUCGUUUUUAAGCUAGGAUUUUGUAAUGGGCCGACUUCCAUUGCUAAUAUUAUUUGGCCCUACUACGACUGACCGCUGUUUCUUCUUACGAACAACCCUUUGCCGACUUCUAGCUUCUAUCUGCCUAGCUUAACUUACUGUUUUCCUUUGGUAUCAGUUUAUGGACUAGUGAACUUGUGAUCUUGGUCACAUCUGUGCCUCACUUUCUCCAUUCAUUCCGACUACUUUUCAUUCGCGGCACAGACGCUACCCGGGCGGUUAUCUGAGACUGGAGUGUAAAUAAGGAGAAAGCACCUGAGCAAGCGCAAACAUAUUAGCAUAGAAGGAAUUAAUAACGUGAUCAAUUUCCGAUCUCCUAUUGCAGUUACGCGCCUGCGCACCACUAAGAAACCUGCAUUAACUUUCGCAGAAAUACAUAUGUUACGCUUUUCUACGUUUUAUUAUUAAUUGAUUUCAUGUGCAUGUAAGAAAGAACAAUAAUAAAUUGAAAUGUCAUCAACUG